AUCUUUUUGAAUUCCAAGUCUUCGGAGUCGUCCAUGUGCUCAGAAUCACCAAGAGACAAUUGACGUGCUUCCUCCCAUUGAUCCCAUUCUCGUCUUUCCAUCACAUCAACAUGGCGGAAAGAUCGCCUUCCAGGCUCUCCGUCAUGCUGACGGUUGGCUUCCACAUCAGUACCGCACUGGCAGUCACCAUAAUCAACAAGACCGUGCUGAACACACUGCCUGUGCCAGUGAUGCUACUUCUGUGCCAAUCAAUCAUGUCAAUCGGUUUUGUAAUGGUUGCUUCUGCAUUGAAGCUGUACACACUUCCGAAACUGGAUCGCAAAUUCAUCCGAGGCGUUUCGCCUCUCCUGGCGAUGAAGGUCAUUGCUCAAGUAUCCAAGACCUAUUGUCUUCUUAAUGUGAAUGCAUCUUUCUACCAGAUAGCAAGAGGACUGCUCUUACCGUUUACCAUCUUGCUCUCGUUCGUCUUUCUUUCGAAAACACGGCCUACCGGAUGGGCGCUCAUUGCUUGCGCGAUAACGACAUUUGGGUUCGUCCUCGGCGUCUCUGGCGAGGCUAUGGGCAGAACAUCAAAUGUCGGGAUCAUGUGGGGGGUCUGGUCGUCUAUGACGACGGCUCUCGAGACGGUACUCGUGAAAUAUCUUGCUCUUGAAGCAGGAGUGCUCGACUUGGUCUUUGUUACUUCAUUGGCCACGACCCCGGUCUAUGCGAUAAUGGUGGUCCUGAAUGGCGAACUCUGGCAAACCGCAGCUCUCGGUCUCACGCAUCCUGUAAUGAUGACAUUCGAGAAGCAAACGUUCCUUGCCGGCAUCGUCAACUUUGCUCUGAGCGCGGCCGCAUACCUGCAGAUCAGGGUCACGUCCCCAACAACGCAUAUGAUAUCCACCGCCGCAAGGGGUGUGUUACAGUCUUUGCUCGCGGUCGCAUUUUUGGGUGCCGAGCGCCUCACUCGUUCCCGUGUGAGCAGCAUUGCCGUUAUUCUGACCGGCACCAUGUUAUACACGUUUGCAAAGGAAAUGGAGAAGAGGAGCGGCUCUGUGCGGGGCUCCCUGCCAUUGCACAAUGUCACCGAACCACGACGCGAUGUGGCAUCGCCAUAUCUUGAAAAGGACGGAUCUUCCGAAGCCAAAAUCCCGAGCAAAGACGACCCGCACUUAGUGUGAUGACUGAUCAAGGAUGCUUUCGUUGUCCAUAAUCGUGUUUUCACUAGUAGUCCGGCGUGAUGAUACACCACGGGUAUUCCCAGUACGGGAAGCUUUUACCGGAGGAGCAAGAUGGGAGGGAGCCUGGUCGUCUCAAAAGCCAUUUCUGCACGCCGAGGUCAGGAUCUCAUAGAACGGAUCGAGACAACGUGCCCAGCCGGAAUCAUGCAGAUCUCAAAUGCUGGUGGACGUCCUGCUGAUAUCAGAAGCGACCAAUGCUAUCAGGGGACAAUGUUUUGACUUUGCCAGAAGUAUGUGAUACUUCGAAACGUUGAACAGCCGCUGGCAGGAACAUGCAAUGGCUGAAGGUCGUGGGAGAAUGGUGCAGGACAUACUCUAGCUAGCAGCAAGCUGGGCCGGCUCGACGACUGUCAUUGAAUGCUUAUAGCAUCAUGUUGAUCGUAAAAUCCGACAAGAUGACUGAAGUCUAUAGAGAAAAGCUACUAGUAUCCCCUGAAAUAAAU